CCUGCAUUGAGUCAAAUGGAUCCUAGUGCUGAGGAAGAUUCAGGAUAUCCUUGUCAUCCAUCUGUCUCGACAGUUGACGAGCAGCAAUUGUUCCCAUCGAAUGAACAAAAAAGACCUCAACAAGAUAUCACCUCAGCAGAGCCUCCAGAGUCGCUAAAGCAUGACUCAAAAAUUAAUACUGAUGUCCACAGAAUCAAAGAAAAGCACCACUGUCCUCAUUGUUCCGCCACUUAUCCGAUACCAAGCAAGCUGAUGAUUCAUCUCCGCACUCACGCCGGUGAGAAGCCAUUCCAGUGUACAAUCUGUGACAAAGCGUUCCAUUCGAAACAUCUUCUGGCACAGCACACAAGAAUUCACAACAAGGAUCAACACCAUCAGUGUCCUCAUUGUCCAAAAAAGUUCGCACAGUUAAUUCACCUAGAGAAUCACAUAAGGACGCACACCGGCGAAAAGCCAUUCCAGUGUAAAGUCUGUGGUAAAGCGUUCCAUACGAAACAUAAUCUGACACAGCACACUAAAGUUCACAUGGAUCAACACCAUCAGUGUCCGCAGUGUCCAAAAAAAUUCGCGAUGCCAGGUGAACUAAAGGAUCAUAUCCGCACGCACACCGAUGAGAAGCCAUUCCAAUGUGAAGUCUGUGGCAAAACGUUUCAUUCGAAAAACAUCCUGCAUGGUCAUAUGAACAUUCACAAGAAUGUUGAACCACAACAAUGUCCUCAGUGUCCAAAAACGUUUGCGAGGACACGUGAAUUAAAGAAUCAUAUCCGCACGCACACCGGUGAGAAGCCAUUCCAGUGUAAAGUCUGUGACAAAGCGUUUCAUUCGAAAGGCAACCUGCGUCAUCAUAUUAAAAUUCACCAGAAGGAUCAACACCAUCAGUGUCCGCAGUGUCCAAGAAAAUUCGCAAUGCCACGUGAACUGAAGAUACAUAUCCGCACGCACACCGGUGAGAAGCCAUUCCAAUGUGAAGUCUGUGACAAAGCGUUUCAUGCGAAAUCUAUCUUACAUAAUCAUAUGAGUAUUCACAAGAAAGAACUAGACCAAGGACCUGCGACAGCAUUCUGA